AUGGGUUCUUCUGACCGGUCUCAUAUUCAGUUCUGGUGGAAUUCUACUGUCUCGACUAAGCGUUUACAGCGGUUUUGGUCUGUAUAUUUUGACUACUGCAUAUUAUUCGGGAUUGGCCUGGGUUUGCCUUAUUCAGUUAUCUUUUCCAUUGCUUCUUCGUGGUUUCCUCACAAACGUGCCACAGUUGUUGGGAUAAUUUCUGCAGGGUUUGGUCUUGGUGCUUUGGUCUUCAUACCCAUUCAAACUCGUAUUAUUAAUCCGGAUAAUCUUCAUACAGUUAACGGCACAUUUCCCCGCGAGGUCAUAGAACGAGUUCCAAAAGCCUUUUUAGUUCUUGGUGGUAUUGUUCUUGGACUUGAGGUGGUUGCAACGAUUCUGCUUCAACAAAAGCCUGAGGCAAAAUCAGACGACUUGUCUACUGAAUCGUAA